AGUUUGUUUUGAGGAAGUACAGAUCAGCUUUUCCUAGCUUUCCAGAUUAUUCGCAUAUUCUCCCCAUUUCGUGGAACUUCACAGGCUUUUGGGCGAAAUGCUCCGCCCCACAGCACAAAACCCUUAUUUUCCCCCAUUCCCCAUUUUUUCUGCAGGAACUACACAUAUACUUUUUUUUUUUUUUUUUACGGGACUUUUGGAAGUGAGUUGACCAUGGAGUUGUUGGUCAUUUCCAUCCUUUUAGCCACCAUUCUCAUCACCCCGUUCGCUCUCAAAACUUUCUAUCCAUACGUUUGGGCGGACGUCCUUUAUUUCGUGGAUCUAAUCCGGAUUUUGGUGGUUUUCGUUGCGCGGCGCAGGAGGAAACCUCUGUUUUUCGUGCUGGACCGCUUCUUGGAGCAAGCCUCCGCGUCCCCGGACAAAGCGUUCGUGGUGUUUGGGGACGAAAGCUUCACGUACCGUUGCGCGGACAAAAAAAGCAACCGGGUCUCCAACGCGCUCCUGUCUGAGCCCGGGUACAGGGCCGGGGACACCGUGGCCCUUUUCAUGGGGAACGAACCCGCCUUCGUCUUCACCUGGCUCGCUUUGGCCAAACUGGGCUCUCCGGUGGCUUUUCUAAAUUCCAACAUCCGGGCCAAAUCUCUGCUGCACUGCUUUGGAUGCUGCAGGGCAAAGGUGCUGAUAGCAGCCGCGGAGCUGAGGGAAGCGGUGGAGGACGUACUGCCCCAGCUUUUGGAACAAGGCGUCACUGUGCUCCUCAUGUCCCAACGCUGCAACACUCCGGGCAUCCGGAGUUUCUGCAACACGGUGGAAAAGGCAUCGGACGCCCCCCUGCCUCGAUCCCAUAGAUCCCACGUCACGUUCAAAAGUCCCGCCGUUUACAUUUACACCUCGGGAACCACCGGUCUUCCCAAGGCAGCAGUGGUCAACCAGAACCGCCUGUUGACGGCUUUGGCUGUUUUAUCCUCCAACGGCGUGACGGCGGAAGAUACCGUCUACGUUAACCUGCCCCUGUACCAUACAGCGGGCUUUUUCGUGGGCUUUGUUGGCUCCAUUGAAACUGGGUCGACUAUAGUUCUGAAGAAGAAGUUUUCUGCCUCUCAGUUCUGGGAUGACUGCAGGAAAUACAACGUGACGGUCAUUCAGUACAUAGGAGAGGUGAUGCGAUACCUUUGUAGCACACAGAAGAAAGACAAUGACAAGGACCAUAACGUGAGGCUGGCUAUUGGAAAUGGUGUCCGGGCAGAAGUAUGGAGGGAAUUUGUCAAUCGCUUCGGUAACAUCAAGAUCCUGGAGUUUUACGCCUCCACUGAGGGAAACGUGGGAUUCGUCAACUAUGCCGGGAAAAUUGGAGCUGUUGGACGAGUUAGCUUUUUGCAUCGGAAGCUGUUUCCCUACACUCUUGUAAAGUACGACACUGAACGGGACGAACCCAUGCGAGAUGCCAGCGGCCUCUGCAUUGUGGCACCCAAAGGUGAAACAGGCCUGCUGGUGUCAAAGAUCACAGACAUUGCUCCAUUUGUCGGCUACGCCCAAAACCAAGAGCAAACAGAGAGGAAGAAGCUCCGAAAUGUCCUCAAAAAAGGAGAUCUUUACUUCAACACCGGAGACCUGAUGAGGAUCGACAACGACAACUUCAUUUACUUUCAGGAUCGCGUAGGUGACACAUUCAGGUGGAAAGGUGAGAAUGUCGCUACAACGGAGGUGUCUGACAUCCUGGCGCUCAUUGAUUGUCUCCAAGAAGCCAACGUUUAUGGAGUCCAAGUACCAGGACAUGAGGGACGGAUAGGGAUGGCGGCUGUCACUUUGAAGGAAAAUGCCCAGUUUGAUGGAAGUAAAAUAUUUAACCAUGUGGCUAGCUAUCUGCCCUCAUAUGCACGGCCUCGCUUCAUAAGGGUGCAGACCGCUGUGGAAGUAACGGGGACUUUCAAGCAGAUGAAGGUGAAGCUGGUGGCACAGGGUUUUGAUCCGGGACAUAUCCAGGACCCGCUUUACAUCCUGGAUGAUAAUGUUAAGAGCUACAUUCCACUGAGCGCUCAGCACUACAGCUCCAUCCUAUCAGGCAGCAUGAAACUUUACAUACACUUUAUGGGGGUUAGUGUAACAUUCGUAGACCUCAACUACACGAUCACCGCUUUGCGCAUUGGAAUACGCGUAAGCAAGCUCGGGAAAAAGUUUCGGAGUAUUCUGGACAGCUUUCUGGACAAAGUGGCGAAGCACCCACACAAGACGUUCCUUAUUUUCGAGGGAGCCUCCUACACUUACAGCCAGGCCGACAGGGAGAGUAACAAAGUGGCCCGGGCUCUGUCGACGCACGCCGGCCUGGAGCAGGGGGACACGGUGGCGCUUUUUCUGGGCAACGAGCCCCAGUACGUGUGGACUUGGCUGGCACUGGCCAAGCUGGGAUGCGUAGCCGCUCUCCUGAACUAUAACAUAAGGUCCAAGUCCCUGCUGCACUGCUUCUCCUGCUGCGAUGCCAAAGUCCUCAUCGUUGGAGCUGACCUAAAAGCAGCCAUAGAGGAGGUGUUGCCCAGCUUGAGGGAGCAGGGCAUUCAGGUGUUUAUCCUCAGCGACAGCUGUGAUGUGGAGGGCAUCAACAGCCUCUCCGACAAGGUCCAGCAGGCCUCGGACCGGCCUCUGUCCCCGGAGCUGCGGGACAAAAUUCACUUAAAGAGUCCCGCUCUGUACAUCUACACGUCAGGGACCACAGGACUUCCCAAGGCAGCGGUGGUCAAUCACGAGAGGGUAUGGUUGGCGUCUUUUCUUCAGUCUAUUGCCGGCGUCCGCUCUAAAGACGUCAUCUACAUCUACCUGCCCCUCUACCACACCGCCGGUUUUCUGAUGGGGCUUUGUGGAGCCAUAGACAACGGCUGCACGGUGGUCUUGAGACGUAAAUUCUCUGCCUCCAACUUCUGGAACGAGUGCAGGAAGUACAACGUGACCGUCAUUCAGUACAUAGGAGAGGUCAUGCGUUACCUGUGCAACACACCAAAGAGAGACAGUGAUAAGGACCAUAAAGUGCGACUGGCUAUGGGGAACGGGAUAAGGGCAGACACAUGGGCUGAGUUCCUGCAGCGAUUCGGGAACAUUCGUAUCUGCGAAUGCUACGGAGCGACUGAAGGAAAUGUCGGUUUUGUCAACUACAUUGGAAAGAUUGGAGCCAUAGGCAGAGAGCAUUUUCUGCACAAAAUGUCCUAUCCAUAUGCCCUAAUAAGGUAUGACACAGAGAAAGAGGAGCCCGUCAGAGACUCCAGAGGAUUUUGCAUUAAAGUCCCCAAAGGUGAGACUGGCCUGUUGGUAGGUAAGAUCGGGAAAGCCUCUCCUUUCACAGGCUAUGCCAAGAACAAGCAGCAGACCGAGAGGAAGAAGCUGAAAGACGUGUUUGAGAAGGGAGACCUGUACUUCAACAGCGGUGACCUCCUGAGGAUCGACAGUGAGGGAUUUGUCUACUUCCAGGACCGCAUCGGAGACACUUUCAGGUGGAAAGGGGAAAAUGUGGCAACUACAGAGGUGGCUGACAAUUUGCUCUCACUGGACUUUGUUGAGGAAGCAAAUGUCUAUGGACAUGAGGGAAGAAUUGGAAUGGCAGCACUAAAGCUGAAAGAAAACAUGGAGUUUGAUGGUAAAGCGACACUUCAACAUGUUAAAAGCUACCUGCCCAGCUAUGCCAGGCCGCGCUUCAUUCGCAUACAGGAUGCUGUGGCGGUGACUGGGACUUUUAAACAGUUGAAGGUAAAGCUGGGCGAGGAAGGUUUCAACCCCACCAUCAUCAAGGAUCCUCUAUUCUUCAUGGACGACAAGGACUACGUACCCAUGACUCUGGAGAUAUUCAACGCCAUAGAAGAGGGGACACUCAAACUAUGA